AUGAGUUCGAGCUUUACAGGCGCCUGCAGUGAGGGUGAGACAGCUGGGGGAGACGUACAGCCUCCUGCCGCCUCCGAUGGGUCUGCUUUCAAGGACCCGAGUGCACCACUCAAGAAACUUUGUGAGACCAAUAACUUGGCCAGCCUCUGGUUCAUCAAAAUCAACGGCUUCUGUGAAUGUUUCGCCAUUGAUGGCACCAGAGCCGUGUUGACAAUCUAUUUCCUGACGUACCUUCACUGGAACCACAACCUCUCCACGGCCAUCUACCACACCAUCAACAGCCUCUGCUACUUCUCGGCUAUCCUGGCAGCGCUCAUCGCUGACUCCUGGAUCGGGAAAUACAAGACCAUCAUCUAUCUGUCCUUCGUCUACCUAAUCGGUUUUGCAGUCAUGAUGUUGGCCGCCACUCCCCCGUUGGGAAGCAGCAGCGUACACAUAGCCUUGUCCAUGGUGGGUUUGAUCCUCAUCGCCUUCGGAGCCGGCAGUGUCAGAUCCUGUGUGGCUGCCUUCGGAGGAGACCAGUUUCGAGAUGGGCAAGCAACUAAGGAAAAUAAUUUCUUCUCCAACUUAUUCAUUUGGGUUAACGCAGGCAGUCUCUUGGCCAGAAUCACCACUCCCUAUCUCAAAGAAAACGUGGAGUGCUAUGGUAGCGAAUGCUACGCUCUGUCUUUUGGCGUCCCCGGCGCUGUCAUGGCGGUGGCUUUAAUUGUGUUCAUUGCAGGCAGCAGACUCUACAGGAAGAACCUUCCUCAGGGGAACAUCUUGCUGGAAGUCUGCAACUGCGUCGGCUUUGCAAUCAUGAAUCGCAGGAGGAGGUCAAAGUACGAGUCCAGCAGGAAACACUGGCUGGACUGGGCUAAAGACAAGCACUCGAAGCGUCUGAUCAUGGAGAUCAAAAUGGUUUUGAGGGUUUUGGUGCUCUUCAUCCCUCUGCCAAUGUUCUGGGCUUUGUUCGAGCAGCAGGGUUCCCGCUGGACGCUGCAGGCCGCCAGGAUGAACAUGGUCUUUGGAUCGUAUGCCUUUUCCAUCCAACCUGAUCAAAUGCUGAUGCUGAAUGCAGGGCUUCCUCUCAUCGUUGUGCCCUUAUUUAACAAAGUCAUCUAUCCAUGGGUUGGCCACUGGAUUAAAAUCACGCCGCUGAGGAAAAUGACAACCGGCAUGGCUUUUGCGGCACUAGCCUUUUGUGCUGCCGCUCUGGUGGAGGUCAGCGUUGUGAAAACGGUGGUGGAUCCAGCACCAGUUGGGAAGUGUCUGCUUCAGGUCUUCAACUUAGCAUCAGGAGUUGUUCGUCUCCACUUUCCUAAAGAAGACCCUUUUCCUGAGCCCAUCCCGUACCUCCAGGACCCUGCACAUUACGUGACUCUCCAACUAGGGGCACCCAGCAACAACGUCUGCGUCGACGUCCGCUUGAGCGGUUUCUCUUCUGAGUGCGACGUCAUGUUUGUCCAGCAGGAGGCGUACAGUCUCAUCCUGCAGCCCUCGGCCAAUGGAACACGAUGCUCACUGGUGCAGGAUCACAUCAAGAAGAAUGAGGAAGGUGCUCCUCUUCUCAGGUUCCUCAACACGUUGUCGGAGGCGGUCAACGUCACGGUGGGAAACAAGAUGUUUCAUGUGUCCUCCGAUUACAACGUCUCCGCCAAUAAGACUGUAGAGAGGGGAAAGUACAACAAGGUGAGCUGUAGCCUCAGGUCCAAGACAUUCUCUGACCUCGACUUGGGUCUUCUGGACUUUGGAGCCUCCUACACUAUCAUCUUAGUGGAGGACUCAGGUAAGAUAGUGCCCCACAAGAUGGUGGACGUGGAGCCCAACAAUGUGCACGUCACCUGGCAGAUCCCUCAGUACCUUCUCAUGACACUGGGGGAGGUCAUGUUCCUCCCCACGGGUCUAGAAUUUUCCUACUCACAGGCUCCUGCCAGCAUGAAGUCAGUGCUGCUGGCCGUGUGGCUGCUGACCAUCGCCUUCGGAGACGUCAUUGUGUUGAUGGUGGUGCAUUGGGUGGAUCUAGAGCAGUGGAAAGAAUUUCUGCUGUUUGCUGGGUUGCUACUCAGUGUCGUCGUUGUCUUCUCCAUCAUGUCCUACUUCUACACAUACGUGCAGCCUCAGCAGAUGGACACGCUCUAUCUGGAGGACAAGCGCGAGGACGAUAACGCCCCGCAGAAGAAUGAAGCAGACGAGCCCACUAGAGUGUAGCGACAACCAUGUAGGCCAGGGGUCCCCAAACUACCGCCAGCAUCCAAAAUCUGGCCCGCGGGAAGUCCCAAGUUAAAAAAAAAACGUUGAAUUUUUUUUAAUCAUUAUUUUUUAAUCUGUCCUUUCUGGCCCAUUCAUCAAUCCAUUUUCUACCGCUUGUUACUAUUGGGGUCUGCGAUCCGCUCAGGCAAAUCUUAUUGUCUAAAAAUGCAUUUUCCCAUCGAUAACGUGACGUCAAGUGCGUGCUCUUUCAGUCAAUUAGUGCGCGAGGAAAAACAAUGGCGAAAUCGUUGGGGAAACAUAAAAUACUUUCCAAGUGUAGAGUUUUGACUUUUUGCAGUUUGUCUAAUCUGCAAAGAGACAGUGGCGUUGUUUAAAAAAUGUAACAUUUGGCGACACUAUGAAACUCGCCACGGGGGGCAGUAUGCCAGCUUGCUGAGCAAAGUGAGAGGAGAAAAGCUGACUAUGCUAAACCGUGAAUUUGCUGCCCAGCAGAGUACGAUGCUAUGACAAACACAGGCAAACCUGUCAUCUGUUCAGGCCAGCUUCAAGGUAGCUAAAAUAAUUGCUAGCUGUGGAAAGGCGUUCACUGAUGGGGAGUUUGUAAAGAAGUGUUUGAACGCUGUUGUCCUGACAAGAAAGAUGCUCUAAACGCGGUGAGUCUGUCCGCAUCUACAAUUUCAAUUGCCAUAUAAAUAUAUAUUGAUAUAUAUAUAUAGACCGGCCCCUGGCCACAUUUUUUUAACCCAAUGCGGACCCCGGGUCAAAAAGUUUGGGGACCCCUGAUGUAGGCCGUUGUAUCGUCUGUAUUAGACUAUUUUUAUAUCAUUAAGCAAGUACACGACACAAUAUUUUUUUAUUCCUCUGUGUUAAACAAUAUUUCAUACUCUUAUUUAACAAUAUUUACAUACACUUCGCUGUUUUAUAUAGGCAGUCAGUCCCACAAAUUAUUAAUACUGUAAAAAAAAGAAAUGUGCAGGUACAUUAUGUAAAUCAUCCCCCGUAAUUUUUUGUGGUUCAACUUAGAGUUUUGUAAUUAUGUGGAACAUGUUUAAUACUCAGAUUUUGAUCAUGAUCUUCGCUGCUUGCAAACAUUGUUCUCAUAUUUACAGUGUGUUUAAACACAAUUAAUGUAAUAAUGUACUGUACUUGUGUGCCUUUUUUCGAGCUUCACAGGAACAACACUGACACUGUCACUGUUAAAAAAAACAAAACGGUGCUUUAAUUUACAGUACCAGUCAAAUGUUUGGACAUUACACUAAAAUGUUGGUUUUGUUUUCGGAAAUCCCAUUCAACCGAAACCGCAAUUUGUUAUUUUCAUGAGAACAUCAGAGAGGUGGUUAUGUGGGAGCUGUCUCCCUGGAUCUGAAAAUAGCUUUUGACUCACUAAAUCAUAAUGUACUAAUUUAAAAAAUGUCCCACUUUAAUAUCUCUGAUAGUGCACUCUGCUGGAUGAGAUCAUAUACUUGUCAAAUAGAAAACAGACUGUUCAGGUUGGAAACUCAAUGUCACUUUACCUUAGCUGUUCAACAGGGGUACCCCAAGGCUCUAUCUUGGGCCCAAUUUUGUUCAGUCUCUAUGUAAACGACUUACCUACAAUCUGCCCAGAUGUUCAUUAUCAAUUAUAUGCUGAUUAUACAGUGCUAUAAGUCCAAGCUAAAUCAAAACAAGAAGCUGCAACAAAACUAUCAGCAGCUCUUACACGGGUAUAUCAUUGGCUCAAUGAAUCCUGUUUACACCUCAAUACCAAAAAUACUUUAUGUAUGUUCUUCUCUCGUAAGUUAGCAGAGGGCGAUCAACCGUCUGUAGUGGUUAAUGGAGAGAGUCUUGAUAUCGUAGAAAAAUUUGAAUAUCUUGGAGUGGUCUUGAAUGUAUCAUUCAAAGCGCAUGUUAAAAAGAAAAUCACAAAUAUCGUUAAAAACAAUCUGUCAAAUUUCAAUCAUAUAAGACCAUUCCUCACUUCCAAGACGGCUAAAGUCUAUAUGCACGUCAUGAUAUUCUCACCUAUAAAUUAUUGUUUCACAAUUUGGACACACGCAACAGAAACUGUACUAAAACCCAUCAAGUCUCUCUUCAAAAGGGCAGUUAAAAUCCUUGACAGGAAACCAAUGCACUUCCACAAUUGUAUUAUUCUAAAAAAAACUUGACAUUAUUGAUCUGGAUAGCUACCAGAUCUUUAUGGAUGCUUGUCUCAUCUACAAAGUUUUAAAUGUGCUUUGCACCCCUACCAUUAGAUGAAUUCAUUCAGAGAAGAAACAGUGAAGGACGGAGAAAUAGGGCCUUGUCCAGAGGUGAUUGUAAUACAUCAAGACGUAGAACAAAAUUCGGUCAAAUGGUCACCUCUGUAAGAGGAACCCAAUCCUGUAAUAAGUUACCCACACACAUUAGAGACUGUGAUAACUAUCCACUUUAAAAAAAAAAAAAUCUGAAAUGCACCCAUUAAACCAUUAAACACUGAUUCCAGACUCCAGCCCGUUCCAGUGGGCUUCUGGCCAGCGUAUUUGAAGCUGUGAGUGAAUUGUCUGUCCUGGUCUAUUGUCUUGUAAUUGUGUAUUGUAACUGCUUGUCUUGUCUGUUUUAUGGUGUCUUAUUUAUUUGGGUCUUAUUUAUGUCAUCGUGGUUUUAAAGUCUUAAGUGUCUCACUGUGUUAUUUAGAAACCUGCCUUGGGACUACGGCUGAAAAUGAGCAUUUAUGCUAAGUCUAGCCCAUUUACACUGUUUAUUCAAGUGUUGAUUAAUGAGCACUGUCCCAAUUAAACAAAUGAAAUACAAAAAUUAAAUUUACAACACUGGUGUAGAAACUGAACAAAUACAUGGACUGCCUGAUCUUACUUUUCAUGUUUUUGUACCUCCUUUAUAAAACAAUAAUUAUAUUUUCCUCAGUAGCUGCUAAAUUUGCGAUCAUGUUUUUUUCGACGUUGUGAAAUGAGUGUAAAAAGUACUUGUACUGUUUUCACGUGCACUGAUGAUUUAGCACUUUAUUGUGUUUUUGUAGUGAAGACACAAAUUUGUUUGUGGAAUGUUGACACGUGUCAAACUUGAAUAAAAUGAUUCAUUCAUUCAAUUUAUGUAUGCUUUCUUUUCCAAAGAUGUCUUCCCGAAUUAUAAAAAAAAAUAAUUA